AUGAAGCUUAAAACUCUGCUCUUUCGGCUACUGCUUAGCAUUAUAUCGUUGGUUGUGUUUAACGAGUUCGUUGUUUACUACAUUGUGCUGUUAAAAUGUCAAUGGCCAUCUAAACCUGCUGCCGUGAAUGGACUGGAACCUGUGAGCGUAAUGCUGCUAGCAGAUACACACCUGCUAGGUCCAGUGAGAGGCCACUGGUUCGACAAGCUUCGGCGCGAAUGGCAAAUGCAUCGAGCCUUCCAGUCAGCCGUCACGCUGUUUCAGCCGGAAGCGAUCUUCAUUCUGGGAGAUGUGUUCGACGAAGGGAAUUGGGUAAAUCAGAAGGAAUUUGACAACUAUAUUGAACGAUAUCGCAAGCUAUUUCACACUCCACGGGGUGUAGCUCUACAUAGUAUUGUGGGAAAUCACGACAUUGGCUUCCAUUACGCCACACGACCCAACCUGGUGCAACGAUUCGGAGACCACUUUAACAAUACCGGCGUAUCGCUGAUCAGCCUAAGAGGCGUUCAUUUCGUAGCGAUUAAUUCGAUUGCGAUGGAGGGCGAUGGAUGUUAUCUGUGCGAGAAGGCAGAGAAAGAGCUAAAAUCGAUCGAGACAAUCUUCAAGUGUGGUAGAGGAGUAGGGCAGUGCAAGGAUGUUCCGAAGCUGGAAGAGUACAGCAGACCAGUUGUGCUGCAGCACUUUCCGAUGUAUCGGGAGUCGGAUAAAGAGUGCCAGGAGCAUGAUUCACCGCAAGUGGACCUGUACCGCGAGAGAUGGGAAGUGCUGUCGAAGGAAUCGACCGAUUUGAUUGGUGAUUUGCUUACUCCGAGGCUAGCUUUCAGCGGUCACUCGCAUCACUACUGCCAUAUGUUGAAGAAUCGCAUUAAGAUAGAAGAAUACACGCUACCUUCGUUCAGUUGGCGUAACAAGAACAAUCCCAGCUUUAUAUUGGCACGCAUAUCGCUAAAAGAGUACACCGUAUCACGGUGCCGGAUGCCGGAAGAGAACACCAUUGUAACGAUAUACCUUGUGGGAGGAAUUUUAAUACUUCUCGUAUCUACUUUAAAAAUAGCCGGCAUAAUCGGGCAACUGUGGUCAUUCCUUUGCCGGGGUCGCAAAGAUUACAAAAAACUUACCAAAUAG